GUGGCGGGCUGCCUGCUUUCGCGGUCCUCUGUCUGGAGUUUCCACCCGUGAAUUAAUGACAAAGGUUCAGCUCCAUGUUGCAGUUUUCAUGCAUUGGUGGAAAUUGUAUUCUUUCGCGCUAGCAUACUCUUGCAGCGGACAACACGUUUUGUUUUCUUAUUUACGGAGAGACGCGCUCUGCUGUUCCUUGCAUGGAUGUUGCAUUUGGUGGCUGCAUUGUAUUUGAUUCGACGGAUGUUUCAGUAGAUUUCAACUGAAGCAGGGUAUCAUGCGAUGUAAUCUGUGGACAUUUCCUGACCACUUCUCCUUGGCUGUCAAGGGGUAGAAGGACACGUGAAGAGCGUGUUUGUUAUUUUUCAGAAACAACACGAAUUCUGGUCUUGGUUGGAUAUGCUAUUUGGGGGCUGCUUUUACAGUGCUUGUGUACCCUACAUAUUUUAUUUGAUGCAUGCUAAAUAACGUCGACCUAUGAUUGGAUUUGCAGUCAGUCUGUCGCCAGAAACCAAUACGAAAUUCAUAUUUUGAUUAUCCGACACAGGAAUCGUUUAGUUCAAUAGCCUAGCUUAGCCUACCUGUCAUUGUGAAGGCAAGUUGUUCUCUUUUUGUCCUUUUCCCUGCUAAGUUCAUAAGUCUACACAGUUUCACGUGCGAAACAAAAUGUAGCCUGUAGGCUAAAAUUAAGCACUGCCUGAACUUAUCGUGAGAAACGAUUCCUUUUUCUUGAGACCUCUCUCAAUUCACCCUUCCGAAGUUAGGACACGCGUCUAUCUCUUCCCUUGUUAUGGUCUCCAGUCAUUGCCCUUGAAUUCCUGUCUGUUUGGGCCUCGACAUCAAUAGACAGAUGCAUCUCGGAGUUGAUGAGUCCGUUCGGGAAUGUCAGUACAGUCAGGUCUGCACGCGAAAUUCAUCGCCUAUGGAGACGCCACAUAAGAAGAUCUACACAAGAAAGUGGCGAGUAUUCCCAGGACGGAACAAGUUCUACUGCGAUGGGAGGAUAAUGAUGGCAAAGCAGACUGGUGUCUUUUACCUCACCAUGGUUCUCAUCAUGGUCACCAGUGGACUCUUCUUCGCAUUUGACUGUCCGUUCCUGGCGUCGAAUCUGACCCCUGCCAUCCCAGCCAUAGGAGGGGUGCUGUUCUUCUUUGUGAUGGGCAUGCUGUUGAGGGCGAGCUUCAGCGACCCUGGCGUGCUUCCUCGGGCCACGCCAGACGAGGCGGCAGACCUGGAGAGACAGAUAGAUGCGACGAACGGGCCCAGUGGGCCGGGGUACCGGCCUCCGCCCAGGACCAGGGAGGUGGUCAUCAACGGCCAGACGGUCAAGCUCAAGUACUGCUUCACCUGCAAGAUCUUCAGGCCCCCUAGGGCCUCCCACUGCAGCCUGUGUGACAACUGUGUGGAUCGGUUUGACCACCACUGCCCGUGGGUGGGCAACUGUGUGGGCCGACGGAACUACCGCUUCUUCUACCUCUUCAUCCUCUCGCUCUCCUUCCUCACCGUCUUCAUCUUCGCCUUCGUCAUCACCCACGUCAUCCUCCGAUCCAAUCGCACGGGCUUCCUGAGUGCACUCAAAGACAGUCCUGCCAGUGUGCUGGAGGUGGUGGUGUGCUUCUUCUCCGUCUGGUCCAUUGUGGGCCUCUCAGGCUUCCAUACAUAUCUCAUCAGCUCCAACCAGACCACCAAUGAGGACAUAAAGGGCUCGUGGUCGACCAAGCGAGCGAAGGACAACUACAACCCUUACAGCUACGGCAACAUCCUCACCAACUGCUGCGCUGCCCUCUGUGGCCCGCUGCCACCAAGUUUGAUUGACAGGAGAGGCUUCCUCCAGCCCGACACCCCACAGCCUGUCUGUCACUCCAAUGGGACCAGCAUAUACACCCCCACCCAGCUUCACGCUCACAUGUGUGAUCAGCACCAUUGCAUUCAGAGCACCAAAUUCGUUUUGCAGGCGGCCGCCGCCACCCCCCUGCUCCACACGGACUCGGUCAUCCUGCCGUCGUCGUCGGCGGUGGGCCACCCGCUCUCGGGGAAGAGCUCGCUGGUGGGGCCGUGCGCCUCGCUGGGCCCGGGGGGACACCACCACCACCCCCCGCCGCCGCCGCCCCAGUCGUCGUCGUCGCUGGCCUCGCUGCCCUCGUCCGUGCCGGGGCUGACAUGCGCGGGCGAGCUGCUGGCGCUGCGGAGCGACGUGGACCCGCACUGCCGCCACCACCACUUCGCCAGCCCCGAGGAGACGCCCUCGCCGCCCUCGCCCCCGCACGCCUCCGCCGCCGUGGUGGUGGUGGCCUCGUCCGCCAUGCCAUGUCCGGCGCACGGCCCGCACCCGCCACCGCACCUCCACCCCUCCCAGCUGUACAACCCCGCCAGCCAGGACUCCCUGCACGAGGACUCGGUCAGAGGCCUGGUCAAGCUCAGCUCAGUGUGAGCCAGCCGGACACCCUGACCACCCCCCCCCAACCCCACCGCCCGUCCUGUCUCUUGCACUACAUUAGUCACUUGCUGCCAGACGGAUGGAGCCCAGCUAGACAGCCUAAAGGACUCGCCCCGACUCUCCUAGAUUUACCGAGGCGCUUCCCGUGGUGAAUUACAGUGCGACCGGGCCAAGCGCUGACCACUAUAGAGGUCUGCACCGGUCCUCCUCCUCCCCGCUGCUCCUCCUCCAGCUCCUUCUCCACACAGCAGUGCCAAGCUGUCACCUCAACUUAUAUCAGGGUGCUCUGCGGGCUCGUUGCUAAAAAAAAAAGGUCUGUUUUGCGGAGGUUCACAUCAGCAUAUGGAUGAGCUGGACACACACGCACCUCACUACGCGUCCUCUGUGGCCAAGCUACCGUAGUCCUCUCGUAUCGCGACUCUCAGUAUUCUCCACACAUCUCCUCUUGAUUGUUGUGGCCAUUGGGAAAUGGCCAUUAGAAGGUGAACUCUGAAGGUUAUCUUCUUGCAUCGAAAAACGCCUGAUAACGAGUUUGUGUGUGUGUGUGUGUGUGUGUGUGGGUGGGAGGGUGUGUAUGUGUGGGUCUUUUUUUUGUUUUUUUUUACUAAAAGCAGGACUUGAAUGCCUCAAUUGGAUGCUGAAGACUGAUGGUCCACUGCCUUUUUGUAUGAUCUCAGAUGUCCGGUAGUGUCCUGCUGACUCUGAGCAGUUAAGCAAUGUUAAUCGACUCACUUCACGCGUCACGAUGUACAAGAUGUUACAUUAUUGGUAGAAUGUGAUGAUGCCAAAUCAGGCGGUCGCGCCCGAGUGCCAGGUGGUGAUGUGCCAAGGACUAUUCAGAUUUCUGAACUGUGUUACAGUGAUUUCAAGUGGAUAUUAUUAAAUUUACAACUUUUUAUGUGCAAUUCACUUGCCUUUUGUAACUAAUUUCAUAGCAGGUAAUUUGCUAACAUUAUCUAGACCAGCGAAUAGAUCAACUGAAUUGAAAC